UUUGCAUUUAGGAGGGCCAAAUCAAGAAUUGUUUUGCACUACUAAAUUGUUGUUGAUGCAUGCCAAUACAGCCUUUGAAAACUGCAUAAAACAUACCUGAAAUAGGAGCUGAAAGCAGCCAGGACAUUUUUGUGGGCUUUGAAACAAACUCCUUUGACCACCAGCAUGCAGUCACAGAGCAUUCCCUGAAUCCUUUGCUCCUGGAGCUGCUGCAGCAGGUAGGAGCUGUGGCUAGAAAGGGUGUCCAUGCUCACUUACCCGACAGACGCACUGAGUCAUAAAGCUGGCCAAAGAGAUACAUAUUCAUGUUAGUCAAGUGCUUCCGAUUGUUGGAAUACAGCCACACUGAUUGUAACGUGUAGAAGUAAAUGCACUAUCCUCAUACUUCUGCAUCCACAAAUAACGCACAAACAGCUAGCAUGCUAACUACGAAGCUUUGCUAGAAAACCACGCAGGUCGAAAUGACUGACGUGGUAUAGCGCUAAAUCUCACCAGUUAGUUACCUCGUCGGAAUUAAAUAUAACUUGAUAUUGCUCUUUUAACACAUACGUUUACUGAAUACCUCUUAUUUGGAUGGGCCACUGCUCCACCCGUGCAGUUGCCUCACUUCCUGGUACAGUUAGCAUUUAAAAAAAGAUAAGUACUCAAGGAAUUUUGUUACACCGCAGUUAUGAUAAUCCGUAUUGUAGUUUACAAAGUUUAUUUGCAUGCCAUGGAAAUAACAAGAACUUUAUAGAUAAAGCGCUGACAUAAAGUUGCCGUCAAAGGCCGGAACAUUGUUUGUAUUAUAUGCACACGCACGGACGACUAUUUGUGUCGGACACCCAGCACUGGCGUGGUAAGGUAGCUGUGUUUUGAAAAUGGGAUCGAACUGGGUGUCAGUGUAAUUAUUUUUUUUCUACAGGGCACACUUAAUUAACAUCGUCGUUUUGAUACGUCCACAUUGUUUUAUUUGGACAUUUAAUUUUGAGUAACGGUAGCAACCAGUUUCGGUUUAGCUCAGUUCAUAACUGGGCUGUGGAUACUUGCAACUGCAGUUUCCGAAUUGCAUCCAAAACAGUUUUUAUAUUCCUGGGACUACCAGGAAUUGGUGAGUCUGUCGAUUAAAGCACGCAUAACAGGCAGAGGAGUCGUUCAGCAUGGUGUUCUUCACAUGCAAUGCCUGUGGGGACUCCCUGAAAAAAGCCCAGGUGGAUAAACAUGUGAUGAAGUGCCGUGGCUGCCAGGUUCUAUCCUGCAUCGACUGUGGAAAAGACUUCUGGGGCGAUGACUACAAAAAUCACCUGAAAUGCAUCAGUGAAGACCAAAAAUAUGGAGGCAAAGGCUAUGAAGCAAAAGCCAAAAAAGGGGAUGUGAAACAGCAUCAGUGGAUCCAGACGAUUCAUGAAGCCAUGAAUAAGCCUGGAGUCAGUCCGAAGCUGAAAGAGGUGCUCAAGCAAGUCAGUACAUACGACAAUGUCCCGAGAAAAAAGGCAAAGUUUCAGAACUGGAUGAAAAACAGUUUAAAGAUCGCCAACUCAAGUCUACACGAACAAGUGUGGGGCAUCCUCAAUUCAGUUGCUGACAAUCCCUCUGAUGUGCCCCAGAAGAAUAAAGAACUUAAGGAGAUGACAACUCAAGUCGAAGUAGACGGUGAUAUGAAAGAAAAGCAGAAUGGCCACUUGGACACGAAGAAGAAGAAACUUUCCAAACAAGAGCGUAAAGAGAUGCGUCGACAGGAAAACGGGGGCAAUGCAAUAAAAACACAAGUGUCUAUGGCUGAGGAGGAGCAGACAACCAAAAAGAAAAAGGGCCGAAAGAGAGUGCGAGGUUGUGAAGAUGAUGGAAAUGAAGAUGCCAAUGAUGCUUCUGAUCAAAUGUACAGAAAGAAACUGAAAACGGACCAAAAAGGAGAGGCUGCUGACAUAUCUGAACAAAGUGAUCAUCUACCAGUUGCCCAAGGCAAUUUCAAAUGGAAAGAAACGAUCAAGGCAGUAUUGAGAAAUUCGCCCGACCAGGAAUUGCCAGUGAAGAAACUCAGGAAGAAGGUUCUGGCUGCAUACUUCACAGUCACUGGUGAUGGAAAUUUCAAAACAAAGGAGGAGGUCCUUGGACUUUUUAACAAGAAAAUCAACAAUAACCCAAAGUUUAGAGUUUUGAAAGACAGAGUAAGUCUUAUAAAAUGAACUAGCACGUCACACCUUUUUAUGUAAGGACAUGUAUGUUGAUUCAAGCCUUUUGCCAUUGUGCUGCAGAUUAAAUGAUUUUCUA